AAUUCCCCGAGUAAAGUCCAGGAGGCGCCGACGACCUCAUCCCAUCGAGCCAUCUCCACAAUUUCAAAAUCCACCAACAAAAGGGGUUCUUUUAUAAAAGACGACAAAGCAAGAAAAGAGAAUAAGAUGGCCAAGACAACAACAGAAAAAGGGGCGGUUUUGGAAGUAAAAACUACAGCAGAACAGCUCAAGAGGGAACUGCAGAUAUUGGUACAGAGUAUUGUGGAAGAAGAUGAUUAUGCAUUGGAAGCCGCUGAUCGUGCCAUGCAGGCUCUGUCUUGUUUGAAAGAAUUGAAGCUGAAGCAUUCCAACCCACAAAGCCUUUUGCUUACUCUUCCACCUCCUGAAUUUAGAUGUCCUCUUUCUGGACAACUCAUGAUUGACCCUGUUGUCAUAGCCUCUGGCCAGACGUUUGAUCGGCCAUUCAUCCAAAACUGGCUGAAUGAGGGAAAUCGGACCUGCCCUCAAACAGAACAAGUUCUUUCGCAUAUGAUUCUGGUUCCUAAUGUCCUGCUCAAGGAUAUGAUUUCUAGAUGGAGCAGAGAACAUGGAAUUCAGCUUCCUACCCCUGUACAAGAUGUUGAUGAAGAAAAAGCAAUUGCAAAUGCUGAUCGAGGACGUUUGAGUUCGCUGCUUGAGAAACUUUCCUCGUCUGCUGUUUCUGAUCAGAAGAUUGCUGCAAAAGAGAUUAGGCAACUAACAAAGCGGUCGCCAUCUUUCCGAGUUCUUUUUGGGGAGAUUACUAAUGCCAUUUCCUAUUUGAUUGAACCACUUGCAUCAGGGAAGCCUGAUAUUGAUCCUGAUUUAGAAGAGGAUUUGAUCACAACAAUUUUGAAUCUGUCAAUACUUGACACUAACAAAAAGUUAUUUGCUGAGAAUCCAGCAGGGAUUCCUCUUCUUAUUGAGGCCCUCAAAUUUGAAAGGAUUGAGACAAGGAGCAAUGCUGCUGCAGCUCUUUUCACCCUAUCAGCCAUUGAUUCAAAUAAAUACAUGAUUGGCGAAUUGGGCGCUCUCAAGCCUUUGAUUGAGCUUCUGGAAGAAGGACAUCCACCAGCAAUGAAGGAUGCAGCUUCAGCAAUCUUCAGUUUAUGCGUUGUUCUUGAGAACAAGAGUAGGGCGGUGUCUGAUGGAGCAGUUGGGGUCAUUAUGAAGAAGAUCGUUGACCAUUUGCUCAUGGAUGAGCUCUUGGCUAUUCUUGCAAUGCUGGCCAGCCAUCAGAAGGCGAUUGAGGAGAUGGCGGAACUCGGUGCGCUGUCUUUCCUGCUCAAUGUCAUCAGGGAGAAAACAAGCGAACGCAACAAAGAGAACUGCAUUGCAAUCCUCUAUACAAUGUGUUUUUACGACAGAGCAAAAUUGAGAGAGAUCAGAAAAGAGGAGGAUGCAAAUGGGACUAUUUCUCAGCUUGCACUGAAUGGAACUUCCAGAGCCAAAAGGAAGGCGCUCGGCCUUCUUGAGCGAAUAAAUCGAUAUGCUGCCAUUUCCAACACUGCUUGAAAUAGAUCUUCUUAGGCCAUUGUACAUUCCUUUCACCCAUCGUAAGUAACCAUGCUUCAUUCUAUACCUACACCUAUCAUAAGUUUUGUGUAAACUAUACAAAUAAAUUCACCUUAGUUUCCUAUCCAUUUUAGAAAGUCCCGUACCUUGCUGUUUUCACUGCGCCAUGUGCAUACAGGAAUGUGGGAAACUGUAGAUCCCCCAUAUGACAACUCUUUCAUGGGACUUAACAUGACAUGCACAGUGUUUCUUGAUUUUGUCAUAUUGCUUCAUUAAUCA